CUGCAGCAGGACGCGAUCACUACUGCCAACCAUCUCAACAAAUCUCUCGUAACUGAGCAGCUAUACUUUCCGCACACUAAUAUCGAUCCAGUUUCAGAAUGUUCAAGGAGUGUCCAGUUUCAGCGAUCACUUCAACUACAGAAUGUUUACAGAAUGGCUCACAAUAAGGGAGUUUUGGCUGGUGCUGGUGAAAAAGCCCAAGAGCUGUCCGAAAAGACUGCCGAGAAGCUGAGCCAUGCCGGAACUGCAGUGAAAGACACCAUUGCAUCUGGAUACGAGAAGGUGAAAGAUACGGCAGCUUCUGCUUAUGAAAAGGUUGCCGGUAGCGCCAAGGAGAAUUACGACGAAGCUAGUAGGAAGGUGGACGAAAAGAAGGAUCAGCUCGGUAGGAAGAUGGACGAGAAGAAGGAUCAGCUCGGUUGGAAGAAGGACGAGAAGAAGGUGAAGACACAUGACAAGGCAUGGGUGGAUAGAUAUAUCAUGACAAGGCAUGGGUGGAUAUAUUUGGGUUGA